CAACCUGUUCGACUUACUUUUUAAAUGUGUCUGCUACACAUCUGGAUAAGUACUUCUUUGACAUAAUACCUUUACUUUUGAUUAAACUUCAACUGUAGAGGAGCCACAGAAAUAUCUGGUCUCCUCACAGCAAAUCUGUUCCCCAGUCCUCUGGCGCUCCCAGUAUGGCUGAUGAUGGCUCAGUUUUGGACAGUCUGGAUGAGUUGGACGACUUCUCUGACUCUGGAAGUGACUAUGAGGCCACCAUGAAGUCCAAAAAGCGGAGAAAACAACCUGUGCUUGGACUUAAGCCACCCAAGAGAUCCAGGCGAAAAGCUGCAUUGAGGGUGUCUUCCAGCCCCUCUCCCCCAGACUCCUCUCUGCAGCAGCAGCAGCACUCCCGGGGGACGUCCAGGCAGGCCUCCCCCAGACCUGUGGGGAGCGUAAACACAGAGAGCCAGGGCAUCAGUGCAGAAGACCUCUAUGAUGCUGUCUACUCUGGAAAAAGUGCCAUGGUGACAGUGGUCGAUGAAUGGCUGGACAGCUACAAGCAAAGCCGAGAGGCAGGCCUGUUGGUGCUCAUCAACUUCAUUGUUCGCUCCUGCGGAUGCAAAGGUGUGGUUAGCAGAGAGAUGUUUGACAGCAUGCAGAACGCUGAUAUAAUCCGCACACUCACCAAAGAGUUCAAUGAGGAUUCAGUGGCCUACCCUCUGUGCACGCCAGGUCCCCAACUCAGGCGUUUCAAAAACAGCUUGAGCGAGUUUGUUCGGGUUUUGGUGUGUUCCUGUCAGAACAGUCUGAUUUAUGACGAGUUCCUGUUCCCCUCCCUGCUGGCUCUGCUCACUGGCCUGUCUGACUCGCAGGUCAGAGCCUUCAGACACACCAGCACCCUGCUUGCAAUGAAGCUGAUGACUGGUUUGGUGGGCGUGGCCUUGAUAGUGUCAGUUCAGCUGCAGACCACCCAGCGGCGUUACGACAUGGAGAACAGCAAUAGGACAAAUGCCAGAGCCUUAGACCAACUGGAGAAGCUGCAGGCCUCCAUCAGUGAGCUACAGGAAAUGAAAGAGGAGGUUUCCUCCAUGAUGAAUGCCACGUUCCGUGGCGUGUUUGUGCACCGUUACCGUGACUGUCUGCCCGACAUCCGGGCAGCUUGUAUUGAGGAGUUGGGUGUGUGGCUGAAAACAGAUCCUGAAGGCUUUCUGAAUGAUGGGUGUCUGAAAUACCUGGGAUGGACCCUCUAUGACAAGCAAGGUCCAGUGCGUCUGCAGUGUGUGCGAGCCCUGCAGGGUCUGUACCAGGAGAAGGAAUUCAUUGGCCGCCUGGAGCUUUUCACCAGCAGAUUUAAAGAGAGGAUGCUCAGCAUGGUGUUGGACAAGGACUUGGACGUGGCGAUGGAAGCAGUCAGUCUGUUGCUGCUGAUCCACCAGUCGACAGAAGAAGGCCUGAAAGAGGAGGAGUGUGGCCAAAUCUAUCCCCUGGUUUACACCUCACACAGAGGCCUGGCCUCAGCAGCCGGAGCCUUUCUCUAUAGCAAGCUGAAAAGUGUGAUUACCAGUGAGGACCGGAGGAGUGAUAAAAGUGACCAUGCUGCUUUCUUUCAAAUCCUCAUCACCUUCUACAUCCAGAGCGAGUUUCAUGAGCACGGUGCAUACCUGGUGGACAGUUUGUGGUCUGUGGCUGGAUCUGAGCUCAAAGACUGGGAGACUAUGACGGCACUGCUGCUUCAGGAGUCUGGUCUGAUGUAUGAAGAGGAGGGGGCUCUCAUAGAGCUCAUGAUGUGUGCGAUCAGACAGGCGUCACAGGCAACGCCACCUGUUGGCAGAGUUCAGGGCAAGAAGAUCCUGAGUAUGAAGGACAAGAAGACCCAGGAACAGGACAGGAGACGAAUCACCUCACAUUUAAACCCUUUGCUGCCACAGCUGCUGGCCAAGUACUCAGCAGAUGCAUCGAAGGUGAGCCUCCUCCUCAAAGCUCCUCUCUACUUCAACCUUGAGAUGUACAACAGCACGCCCACACUGGAGAAGCAUCUAGACCUGCUGCUGUCUCAGAUAUGCAGGAUUGUGGAGAAGCACACCAAUGUCACCGUGUUGGAGGCUUGUGCCCACCUGGCUAGCGCCCUUUGCACCCACUCAUACACCUUCUCAUCCCGGGCUCACCUUGCAUUCAGUCAGCUGCUGGACGACCUGACAGAGUGUUUCAGCACCUACCUAAAUGAUCUGCUGCAGGGAACUGCAGACGAUGAUGACAUCUACAGUGCUGCAGCUGCUCUGAAGAGGAUUGCAGCCAUGAGCAGUGCCAGGGAUGUGACAGCUUGUAAGCUCUUUGACUCCUGCAUGGAGCUUCUAAAGAGCAGGAUUGAGUCUGGAGAGCUCGACAUGGAGCUCACGGUAUCAGCUCUUAAGUGUGCAGCCUUUCACCUGAUGUGGGCUAAAGUGAAUGCAGUCAACUCCAUUCCUGCUGAGGCAGAAUUGAAACAUCUGAAGAAGGAGGUGAAGUCUUUCUGCAGAGUCUGUCAGGCCUGUCUGUCUGUGAACCAGGCGGAGAUGAGAGAUCAGGCGUUCGAGCUGCUCUGUGACCUCCUGCUCUUGUACAGUACCAGUUCAGUUCGGUCUGAGCCUGCACUCCAGACUUUGGUACACCUGCCGUCUGAUUCCCUGCGCUCUGAGAUGGCUGCUUUCCUCCUGGAUUACAUCUUCUCUGACUCUGAGGAUGCUGAGCUCAACGAUGAGGGUGAGGAGGAGACGAGGUUGACUCUCCUCCGGAGGAAGCGCAACCAGCUGGCAGGCUACUGUAAGUUGGUCAUCUACGGCGUUCUUGACCUCAGCGCCGCAACUGAUGUCAUCAAGCACUACAGCAAGUAUUUUAAAGACUUUGGAGACAUCAUCAAAGAGAUGGUGAGCAAGAGCAAGCUCAUCAGUCCUGUUCAGAGUGCUAAGACCGUCUGUUUGAGUCUGCAGCAGCUGUUCUCCGAGAUGCUGACGGAGAACUACAGCAGGCAGGAUCUCAAUCAGAUUAGAGAGCUGGCCAAGAAGCUCGCCAUGAGCUUUGGCAUCGACCUUCAGCGUAUCCAGAAACCGCUGAUGGCCCUGCACAUGGAUGGGAUACGUUUUGCGUUUCGAGGCUCACAGGAGGGAGAGGAGGAGCACCGGAAUGUGACCUUCUUGGAGAUCCUCUCUGAGUUCAGUUUCAAGAUGCUGCCAACGAACCGCACCCAGCUGGUUAGGUUCCUCAAAUCAGAGUGUCCCGAUGCUGCCCUCUCCUGGCCGUCAGUCAGAAUGUAUCAGCGCUCCUUGGAGGGCCGCUCCUCCUCUAAAGUCACAGAGCAUGACAGGGGAGGAGAUGCACCGUCCUCCCUUGAUACUCCUGCAGCCAAACGCCUGAGGACAAGUGCCAAAGGUUCUGCGUCCAGCAUGGUCAGAGGACCCUGGUUAGACAGCAGUAGCCUCAGCAGCCUGCACACCCCCGCCCUCACCUCCACCACCCUGAAACAACCAGACAAGCAGCCGGCUGCCAGAAAGCUCAAAGCCACAGAGCUUGACAACAGCAGCACUUUAACUGAGUCUGAGGAUGACUUCUCCUCUCUGUCUCAAAUGAGAAAGGUGAAGCCCAUAAAACGAAGCCAGCUCUCAUCCAGCCAGUCUAGAAGCACAGGGGAUCAACAAGACCUGCACUCCCACCUCACCUUACUCUCUCUGAUUGAGGAUGAAGAUGAGGAAGGAGGAGAGAUUGAGAGUUAUGAAAGUGACUCAGACCAUGAAUCUGGAUAUGUGCUGCCCUCUACUCGUCACAACUCAACCAGCAUCCUUGAUGAGCUGUUCGACUGAGACACCCAGAUCAUCUCUGGGACAGCAGUUCUUCAUAGAUACACCUAACAACACUCCUGCAUUUGCAGUACCUUCAGUACUUUUCUCUAUUAACUAUAAACGUUCUGUUCUCUGGAGUCUAUAUCACUCGUUCUGCUGGAGGAGGAAGUGUAAUAAUGUUUAUGAUGUUCAGGUACAAAAGCUGUUGCCGUCAAAGGAACCGUUAUGAUUGAGCAUUAUGUUUUUUAAAUGCUUGAACAGCAUGAAAAGUGUUUUCCUCCUCUGUUCCACAUUUAAAAUCAGUUCCACAUCACUGUUGCACCUUAGUCUGUGGCUCUUUGUUGAGACUAGAGGACUGGUGAACUUCAUGUUUAUUAAAAAAUGGUUGAAAUUG